ACCGUGUCCCGCACUUCCGGGAGGACUCCUAUAAGUACCUGUCGUCAGUCCUGCACAACGACAUCGAUUCAAUCUGCCACAAUUGUCACCUACAAGUUUCACACUAUCAGUCACUCGCGACCUAUGGCCUCAUCCAUCGACCUCACCAACAUUCUUUCCUCUGUGGACCGCAGCGUUGCUGUCCCAGGCCUCGUUGUUGCACUCAUCGUUGCUGGUGCUCUGUUCAACAUCAAGAAGACGAAUAGUGGCAUCCCUCUUCCUCCCAGUCCUGCGGGAGGGCACUGGUUGAAGGGACACUCAUUUCCUCAGCCCUAUCCCUUCCUCGAGGUAGAACAUUGGAUUGAGGAAUAUGGCCCGGUUAUUACCGUUAAGCAGGGACUCCGGACUGUUGUCAUUGUCGGCAGGCACCAAGCAGCUGUGGACAUCAUGGAGAAGCAAGGCAGCUCUUCCGUGGAUCGCCCGCGAACGAUCGCCGCCGGCGAGAUGCUAUCUGGAGAUCAUCGACUGGUAUUUGCGCGGGCGGGCGACAGGUUCAAGAGGAUGCGCAAAGCUAUUCACUCUCACUUGCAGCCGAAAGCAGCCGAAAGCUAUGAGCCGAUCCAAAUGACACAUGUUCGUAACGUGGUCCUGAACAUUCUCGACAGCCCGCAAGAUUUUCAGUCGCAUGCUAAGACCUUCGCCGCGUCCGUGGUACUGCAAGUCGCAUACGGAAAAAUGUCUCCGACUUCUGCCUCUGAUCCUGAUGUGCAAGCAGUGCACAGGUCCCUGGAUCGCAUCCGCAUCGCGCUACAGCCAAACGCCUAUCUCGUCGACUCGUAUCCGUUCUUGAAGUAUCUCCCUUGGUAUGGUACUGCUCUGAAGAAAGGGUACGAUGUCGAUUCCGCGUUGUACAUGCGACAACUAGCAACUGUACGUGAGCAUAUUAAAAGCAACGAUGCAGGUCCUUCUUUCAGCAGGUUCCUCCUGGAGACCACCGAUGAGUACAAGAUGAACGAGAAAGAGAUGGCCUAUCUGGCUGGCUCUUUCUUUACAGCAGGCUCAGAUACGACAUCUUUGGCGGUGUGCACCGUUCUGAUGUGCGCCGCCCUGUUCCCCGCUGCGCAGGCCGCCGUUCAAGAGGAACUCGACUCUGUGAUCGGAAGGGACAAACCUCCCACCUUUGCGGACGAACGUUCGCUCCCUCACCUUAGGGCGUUUAUAUCUGAGUCUCUACGUUGGCGCCCCAUAAUUGGCAUGGGUCUGCCACAUAGCACUACGGAAGACGUUUUCUGGGGAAAAUAUUGUAUCCCUGCUGGAACAACGGUGAUAGGAAAUCACUGGGCAAUCUCGCGUGACCCAGACGUUUUCCCCAACGGAGAACAAUUUGAUCUCCAACGCUGGAUCAACAGCAAGGGACAACUACGAGACGACCUCAAGUUUUUCACAUUCGGAUUUGGGAGAAGGGUGUGCCCCGGCCAACAUGUUGCGAACCGUUCCGUGUUCAUCAAUGCGCUCAUGGUCCUGUGGAGCUUCCGCCUCUCUAUGCGCACUCCGCCUGCGGAUGACAUGGUGUAUAUGAGAGGUAUUACACCUGAGAAGCAGGCGUGCGAUAUCAAAUUCGACCCUAGGAUUAAUGAGAGGGACUUAAGGGUGAUAAUGGAAAACUAUGGGGACGCUUAG